AUGGACCCGCAGCAGCGGCGGCUGCUCGAGGUGGGGUACGAGGCGCUGCACGGCGCCGCGAUGCGCAAGGCGAGCCUGCAGGGCAGCUUGUGUGGCGUGUUCCUUGGCGUGUGGACCCCCGAGUUCAACGACGUGCUCGCUCGCUCGCCCGCCGCGCUCAGCGUGUACUCAGCCACGGCGGCGAUGUGCUCCGUCGCGGCCGGGCGCGUCUCGUUUGUGCUCGGCCUGCAGGGGCCCUGCCUCUCGUACGACACCGCCUGCUCGAGCAGCCUCGCCGCGGCUCACGGCGGCAUGCGCGCCCUGCAGCUGCGCGAGUGCACGGCCGCCCUCGCACUGGGCGUCAACAUGAUAUUCAGCCAGUAUGCGAGUCUCGGGAUGGCACGGGCGGGCAUGACGUCUCCUCACGGCCGCUCCCACUCGUUUGACCGCCGCGCCGAUGGCUACGGCCGUGGCGAGGGUUGCCAUGCGGCGGUGUUGCGGCUUGCGGCUGGGGGGCUGCAGCUCUUGCGUGGCUGCGUGGUGCGGCAGGACGGCCGCAGCGCGAGCCUCACUGCGCCGAACGGCCAGGCACAGCAGGCGUUGGUGGUUGCGGCCGUCGGCGAGAGCGGGUUGGAUGCGGGGGAGGUGUCUUGCUACGAGGCGCACGGGACCGGCACC